CAGUGACGUUCGUUCGCCCCCAGCAGGAAUCACGACCGCCUCUCUCACACCAUGAGCAUCUUAGCUCUCUCACCCGUGGCCCCCGAGCCACCGUCCCCCAUGGUCACCUCCGUCACGCCCGUCACCCCGACCAUGGACCCCGACGGCUCCACCUCCCCCACUGCCCAUUUCAGCCAGGAUCUGGACCAUCAGCCCCAGGGUGGGGCCUCCUCACUGGGCCCCGGCCACGGACCUCUUCUGUGUGGAGACCCGUCCAAGAGGUCAAAGAAACCUCCGCCCCUCCACACUGGAGCCGACUGGAAGGUCGUCCUCCACCUGCCGGAGAUCGAGACGUGGCUGAGAACGACCAGCGACAGGGUCACGCAGCUGACUCACUCUGCGGGACAGGACGGGGACAACAGACACGUGGACGUCCACCUGGUGCAGCUCAAG